AACUCGAAUAGUAAUUAGUGGUCUCGAGCAUGGCAGUACAAGUUACCACGGUCGAGAGGUAAAUUAUGGACCCUAUUCUGUCACACAUAAUCUGAAGAAGCUCGGGCAACUCUCUAGAGAAAUGGGGUGGUUUUGGGGAGGGAGGAGCAACCAAAAUGAUCCCGCAAAAGCCCUCGACGACGACUUGAAGCAAUUCUUGAAAGAGCAACAACCCCGUCCAUAUGUCCCAGCCGAAGCCCCUUUGGAAUCGUCAGAGCCGCCUGAAAAGCUCGAUUCUACCGUCAAACUGCCCGAGCAAACUCUUCCCGAUGCAGCACAGCCUCCUCAGGACAGACCGUUGCCCAAAGAAUCGCUGUUUCAAGAUGGCCGAUACAAACACAUCUGGAAGACCUACAUUCCUCAAGACGAGAUUACUGCAGCUACGUCGACUCCCGUGGAAAGAGUGCUCUCGGCAAGAAAAGACAGAAACCAGUCCAUACACAAGGCUGCGCUGGAGAACUGCGCCUUCGAGGAGGAGAUGCAACAAAUCUGUUUCAAGGGCGGCAAUGUGGCGGACAAAUUGCGCGGAAGAAUGACCAUGUGCCAUGAGGAGACAAAGGCGUUCAAUCGCUGCUAUACGCUACAGGCCAAAUUCUUGCAGGCUUUGGGGUAUAUGACGAGCGCAACCAGUUCUGCCGAGGAUGAAGAAAAGAUCCAGAUGCACGCCGACAAGUUGUAUCACAGGAUGAUGGACUACGAGGCCGAGGUAGAUGAUGCGAAAAGAAACAACCAGCCGAUUCCGCCUCUUUCAUCGCUCUUCAACCCCAAUCGACCUGCCCCAACACUGGAUCAAAUGGCCCUGCCUAAAGCGAUGGAGGACAAGAUGAAAAAGCCUCUGCACGAAUAUCCGCCUCAUGAGCGAGAGCUAGCGGCAAGGGCAGCCCUGCAAGAAGCGAAAUUGACGGACUUGUACGCCGAAGAUCUUUUCAAGUAUAGCGUCACAAUGAACGAGGACCGGAAAAAUCGGCAGGUCUUUCUGACAAGAGUGUUUGGCGAAGUUAUUGGGAAAUUUUUGAUCCCAGAUCCCCCCAAAGAUCCGAACAUUAAGCCUUAUAGUCUCCAACAAUUGGAGCGGGAUAUAUGGCGGGAAGAAGAUCCAUCGUCACCGUCACCGCCGGCACAGAAGCAGGAAGCUACCCAGACGAGAAACCAGGGCUGAAGGUCAUUAUAAUCCUGAGAACAGAACUUGGUUUUAACAGCAUUCGAUGAGACAACGACGCAACGUCUAUGCUAAGAAAGCGCCAACCUGGACUUAAGGCUGGGAUGCCUCUGCCAGGAGCAUAUUUCAUAGAGCAAAGGUCUAAUAGUGGGCGCAACCAGUCAGCUCAUGGUUCGUGAAAGUGGCUGUCGCGUGCUUUAUAUCGACUCUUUCCAGACUCUGCUGACUUCAAGAUACUUGAGAUGGCGGUUCCCAGGACGGACCAGAGAGCACGCCCUCCUUGUCAGUUGUUUGAUACGAACAACUCCUUCAAUCAAUUCUCUUGGAGCUUGAGAAAGCAGAAACAUGGGUCGAUCGAGAUGUGGCGUCAGUGACGAGAAGAGGAGGAUUCACACUUACGGCGGACUCAACGAGCGAAGGGGAAAACCGAGGUGUCAGUGUUGUAAAGAAUACUUCGUUUGUGGGGGGUUUGUACUUGGUCGAGCCGGCGACCUCUUGGAGCAGGCGAGCUGCGACCUGUCUCCGUACAGCUUGUAUAACAUGUUCUGAAUAUCACUCUCCGUCUUCUCUAGCCUUCACAUCGUAUUUC